AUGAACGAAGCGAUCCGCCGCUCCCUCGAGAACCGAGAGCGGGCGAGGUCGUUGGCGGAGGAAGAGGCCCGCCAGCUUCGCAACGCGAUCGCCGCGUCGAUGAGGAACGAGCAAUAUCGUCGAUGGCGGGAGGAGCGAGGCUCGAGGGACGACGGUGCGGGCCCCUCGACGCAGCAGCCUCGGAAGCGCGACGACCCGGAUGAUAGAGGGAAUGUCCUCGCCAAGAAGCACCGCAGAGUGAUGGAGGCGGGCUACGUCCUGAACACGUCAGACUUCGGGAACAAGCUGGAUCAGGCCUCGCAGAGGGAGAUCGCUUACAAGCAGCUGGACCUCCCUAGGUUGAACUCCGGUUUCGCGGUCCCCCUCGUGGCCGAUCCUCAGGGGCUUUGCGCGCGGCGGGGUUACGAUCUCCGGACGAACUACGGCCUGGUGCUGCAGCCAUAUCAGGUCAAGGCCGUGUGUCUCAUCAUGAGGCCGAACAUCCGGGGCAUGUUCUUGAACUACGGGAUGGGCGCGGGCAAGACGUUGACGGCCGUCGCCUGCGCGGACAACCUCUUGCGGACGGACCCCACUUACUCGAGCAUAGUCGUCAUCUGUCCCGCCGGGGUCAGGGAUCACUUCGAGAGGACCUUCUCGCUCGUGCCCCUGUACGGCAAGGGCGCCCCGGAGGGGCAGAUGGCGUCCAAGGUCGUCCUCGCGUGCAGGGCGGCCCGCAAGGUCAUACUGAUGUCCGGGACCCCCAUCGUGAACUAUCCGAGCGACAUCGGCGUCAUAGUGAACAUGAUCCGGGGCCCCAACGCCAUACCCAGGACUCGCGAGCAGUUCGACAUGACUUUCGGCAUCGGCGGGCUCGAGAAGAACUUCGACCUCCUGCGGCGGGGAUUGGAGUGCGCGAUGCUCCACCACAGCCGAGACCCGGGCGACCCCAGCUACCCCCGCCGAAUGAACGCGCCCGGGCACUUUUACGUGAUGUCUCCGGCGCAGCGGGAGGCUCACGACCAGCAGCAUCCUCCCGACGGCGACGACCACCGGGUCCUGGAGACGGACCAGUACUUCACGCGCAUGAGACAGAUCGCCAACGCGGUCUAUCUGGACCCGGGGGGCCGACCCCUGCGGGGCGACGAGGACGAGCGCGCCGUCGAAGACGCUCUCGAGAAUAACAGGUUCGACGCGCCGAAGUUUCGCUCCGCCGUCCGCGCCUUCCUCAGGCGGGGGAUGCCCCAGACCAUGUUCUACACGCAUUGGCGCCGGCACGGCGUAGACAUUCUGGUCAAGCUCCUCCUAGAUGCCGGAGCGCCGUUCGGAGUGUACGCAGGAGCGGGGAGGGCCGACGUGGUGCGUCGGUUCAACGCCCACGCGGGAGAUCCCGAGCGGUAUCGAGCGAUCAUCCUCACGGACGCCGGGAGCGAGGGCUUGAACCUGCUGGACACCCGGCAGGUCCACGUGAUGGAGCCGCAAUUCAAUCGCAGUCGGGUGGAGCAGGUCAUCGCGAGGGCCAUCAGGAAGGACAGCCACGCCCGACUCCCCCCGGAGGAACGGACGGUCACCGUGCACGAGCACUUUUGCGUGAUGCCCGGGUCCGUCGAGGACGACGCUCGGCUGGUCCCCAGGGUGCCGGGCUGGCUGACAGCCAACUCGGGGGAUUCGAUCGUGCGUCAGAUCGCCGAGACCAAGCGAGCGAGGAACGACCUCUUCGUGCGGGAGCUGGAGCGCAUCGCCGGUCAGAACGAGGCAACGUGCUGA